AUGACAAGAAAUGGAUUAGACUACAUGUUGUACGGAGGAUCUCUUAUUGGUUCCUACAGACACCAUGGCUUGGUCCCUUGGGACGACGACGUCGAUGUUCUAGUGCCAUAUUCAAACAAAAGUGUCUUAAACGAAGUCCUCUCAAGCGUGAGCCCUCAGCAUGUCCUCAACAAGGACUGGGACUUCACGUGGAAGCUUUUCUCAGUCAAAGCAGAUGAAAUUCGAGGCUACAGCUGGAAAUGGCCAUAUUUGGAUAUUUUCUUUUACGCAGAAAACGAAACGCACAUUUGGGAUGUUGCCCAACAGUACAAACAAAACUACGUAUUUCCCAAAAAUAUCGUAUUUCCUCUAAAAAGACGACCUUUCAUGGGUCUUCGAUUGUUAACGCCAGCCAAGCCAAGAUCUGUUAUAGACACGAACUACAAUAUUACCUUAUGUCAGUCCGGUAAAUGGAUACACAAAUGGGAGAGAUACGGUACGGAAACAUCCGUGAGCUGUUCAGAACUUUACUUCAAAUUCCCGUUUGUGUUCAGAACUUUCCAGAAAGGUGGCUGCAACGAAAGCUUGUUUCACAAUGAUACACUUAUUGGAUAUUAUUUUGAGGAAGACACGCCAUGUGACAGAUGA